UGUCCCGGAUAUCGUGGAGACAGCGGCAUACCCCUUUUCAAUUUCCUUCCCAGUAUAUAGAUUGAUCUUCUCGCUUCUGAUCCUAUCUGCACCACAUACUUACCUGCUUUCCCUUCAUUAUCACUGUCAUUCAGCAUGAACCAUGCACUCAAUUACCAACCCGUCUGUCAGUCACUCACAUAUCCAUCUAUGACCGGCACGUCCUCCAACCAACUCGGAACAUUCCAUACAUACACACAUACAUACAUAUACAUACACAAAUUUUCUUAUUCCUCAUCCUCUCUAUCCUUAUUUCCCCUUAAUCGCAGGCCGAGCUCAGAGAUUCCAGGUACACUUUCUGUUCUUCUCCCUAGCUUCAUUUCCGCUAUCGGAGUAAUCUGCUGCACUUACAGUUUCAAGUGGAAUGAUCCGUUUCAUGUCCGAAUAGACAAUCACCUACUACUUAUCCCCUACUUACUAGAUUGAGUUCAAUGGGAAAAAGGGCACCCAAAGGAAAGAAAUAUUAAACGGAGUUGAUUUGCUUUCCCAUUUAUGAGAUACUUGUCAAUAUAAUGUGUAUUGCAGUAUAACAAACAAUGCAUACAGUAA